AUGAACUUUCUUUCAUCUUUUAUUUUGAGUGAUGAAUCCAAGGAGAGAGUGUCCAAAAUCCUCAGUCUGAGCCACACGGUGGCCCACUACGGUUGGAUCCCAUUCAUUUUGUACCUCGGCUGGACGCAGACAUCGAACAAGCCAAACUUGUUGAAUCUGCUGUCCCCGUUGCCCAGUGUCUGA